CAUGCGCACCGCUCCCAACCCCGCCGAUCCAAGAUGGCGGCCGUUCGGCGGGAGCCGAUCCCGUGAAAAGGCCCCCCCCCCUCCCCCAACGCCCGGCCCGCAGGUGGCCAACGGAGGUUCGGGCUGCUUAUGAUGAUAUUUCAAAAUCUUAUCACAAAAUACAAACCAAACAUCAAGCCAAGAUCUUGGAGAGUCAUUCAGUUCAUCAGUUACCGAAUAUCGUCAGCUUUUGAACAUGGAAGGAGAACGAUUUGUCUUCCCCGUGGGGGCAUUUCAAACAUCAGUAUGAUUGGAAAACUGCCGAGACAUGCACGCUCCGCUGAGACUGUUUCGAUGGACUGAUUGCAGAAAUCGCUUUAACUAGUCUGAAGGAUACAUCACACCAUUCCCCGAGAAGAGACCGACCACGUGUGCCUGGACAAGGAUUCAUCAUGGAGAGACACGAGGGCGCCCACAUCAUGGAGAAACCGUGGAAAUGUGGGGACUGUGGGAAGGGAUUCCGAACUCCGUCUGAGCUGGAGAUCCAUCGGCGCAGUCACACCGGCGAGAAACCAUUCGCCUGCUUUGAGUGUGGGAAGGGAUUCUCACGUUUAUCUCAACUCACGGAACACCAGCGAGUUCACACUGGGGAGAAGCCAUUCACCUGCACUGGCUGUGGGAAGGGAUUCACUUGUUUAAGUAACCUCACUUCACAUCAACUUGUUCACACCGAUACGAGGCUUUAUAAGUGUCCUGACUGUGAGAAAAGCUUCAAAAGCACGAGGGAUCUGCUGAGACAUCGGUACGUCCACUCCAGUCAGAGGCCGUUCUGCUGUUCCGUCUGCGGGAAAGGGUUUACUCGGUCGUCCAGCCUGGUGAGACACCAGCGAGUCCACACCGAGGAGCGACCUUUCCCUUGCGUGACGUGUGGGAAAAGGUUCACCCGCUCCUGUACCCUGCAGAGACACCAACAAAUUCACACCGUGCGGAGCCCGUUUGCCUGCUCGGAGUGCGGGAAGGGGUUCACUGAGUUGUUCCAACUGCUGAGACACCAGCGAAUUCACACGGCCGAGAGGCCGUUCAUCUGCUCGGAGUGCGGGAAGGGGUUCAUUCAGUCGUUUGAACUGCUGAGACACCGACGGGUUCACACCGGGGAGAGGCCUUUUAUCUGCUCUGAGUGUGGGAAGGGAUUCACUCAGUCCUCUCAUCUGCUGAGACACCAGCAAGUUCAUGAGUGAUGCUUCCUAUCAAUGAUUUGGAAUGAACGGUGUGAGCAGCAAUUUGUUACGACGGAUUGGCUAGAUACACUAAACGGCUUGAAAAUCAACCAGCAGCAGCUUUUACUUGAAGAAGCACUACCCGGUCGACAAAAAAAAAUCAUUUCUUAGAGGAUUUUGUAUGCGACAGGAAAAAUAAAUCUACUUCAGACAACAAAA